CAAUUCGACAUCGAUUUUUCUUCUAUUGACGACUCAGUUCCUACGAAAACGAGAAAAUUUGGAUUAAAUAGCUGAAAACAUCAUAAGACGCUGUUUCAAUGGCUGGUCGCAUUCUCACCCUCACUGCUGCACGCAACGUUAAAGUUGCCCGUGGCACUGCACCCAUGUGCAAUCAUGCCAUGAGCAAAAUUGGAAACCGCGAAGUGGUUGGCUACGGACACAAUGGCGAGCCAACAUACUCGGAUCGUCUCGAUUAUCCGAUGCCCGCGAUCCGCUACAAGGAAAACACACCCGAUAUCAUGGCAUUGCGCGAAAAGGAAAAGGGAGACUGGAAGAAGUUGUCGCUCGAGGAGAAGCGUGCCUUGUACCGUGCCAGCUUCUGCCAGACAUUCUCUGAAUUCAAGUACAGAUCGCCCGACUGGAAACUCGGCGUUGGUUUCGCUUUAUGGUCAGCCGGCAUUGGCUUGCUUAUGUCUUGCUGGAUCGCUAAAUACGUCAUCUAUGAUCAUCCCAUUACUCUUUCUGAGGAACGCAAAAAGGCCCAACUUAAGCGUAUGCUGGACCUUAACAUGAAUCCUAUUCACGGUAUUGCGUCCAAAUGGGACUAUGAAAACAACCGCUGGAAAUAAAUUCUUCGGGAGUAUUACAUUUAGCACCAUUCUAUAACAAAAAACCCUAAAUAAUUUUCGAGAAAACUAAAAUCUGUAAAAAUUCGAAGAAAAUUAAAUAGAAAAACAUCAGAAAAUACUUCCAAGAGAUAUUUUUCUUGAUUGGUCGGCAUAAAAAUCCCUGUGAUGCAUCCAUAGUUGAACCGUUAAAUAAAUAAAUGUCUAAAAUUUA